AUGGCGGAACCUGUAUUUGACGAACAUCCGCUUGAGGAAUACUUCAGACAAUCCGGCGAAAACACACAAAUUAUACCAGGUGGUUCUACCGAGUUCUCAGCCGAAGAGGAAUUACCCUCGGGAUGUGUUCGAUUGCCCUCGUUCCUAUUGCGAGCUGUAGAGUUCGUCCAUCAUAUAUAUCCUUCGAGACCCUCUCCCGAAAACGAGUUCGCUGAACGCUUCAAAUACGACGUCAUCUCGUCGUCCUUACUGUCCACCUCGAUAGCAGCCCCACCUAGCGCAAGCCGUCGCACUUUCUUGCCAGAGCUUCCCGGUAAACUCGAUGACGAAGGGGACGACUCAACAUCCGCCACCGUCAAGAGCAAUCGUCGAGCCUUAACGCCACCCUUCUUCACCGAGCUUCAAUGGCCUGUCUUGCUCAUUUCGUUGGCCGUGUUUGCACUCGCAGCAGAGUUCUAUUUCUUCGCUAUCUUCUUCAUAGGUGGCGCCACAUAUGGCUGGCAUUCAGUCAAGGCGCACGGUGCAAAGGCAAAUACGAUGUCAGCAAUGCUGCUUGGUCUGAACGAGCUAAUAUCUGCCGGCAACGUCUGGGAUUCUGCAGUGAACGAGGCAGUGUCAAUCAUUGAGAAGGAAGAACGCAGUAUCUUCUACGGGCCCAGCAACGCUCACUCGCCAUCCUCUGGUCUUCGUGUAACUCUCCAGUCUUCGUCGCACACGACCCAAGUCCAGUGUGACAAUGUCCGACAGCUGCUCUCCGCACUAACGGAUCCUUCGCAAGUUACCCAGCUUUCCGAAAUGUAUGCCCCAGCCUCUCCUGUGCAGCCAGCAUUCUCCAUCCUUGACCAUCCGCGACCUGUUUCCGAUCCAAUUGGGAGGCAUCGAGCUGUGUCUCCACUCAUGAACAAAAGGGCAACUUGGAACGGGUCUUACGCUGCUCUGGCACUUGCAGGCAGUCCGACGGCUCGCUUGAAAAAACGCAGGAGUGGGGUAAUGGGGCUGCUGAACCCAACAGCGGAAAGGAUAUAUGCGAGCAUGAGCGCGCCUGUAAGCCCUCAUGCACCAGUGUCUCUACAGGACGUGCAGGAAGAGGAGGAUAGCGAAUCAUCAUCGGAGUCACAUCUACCUCAAGGGGAGUUUUUUGGAGCUGCGGCGCUGGAUUUGCGGAGAAAACGGCGAGUGGCAGGCCUCGAAGCUAUAAGUAUUCCUCCUCCAAGCUAUUCUCCACGACCAAAUCGCGGCAGCGGUUCCAUGGCUUUCAAUCCCGUAUUACCGUCAAUCUUGUCGUCGUCACGAUUCACUUCGGUACAUACGACUCGACAUCCUCUUUCGUUGUCAGGUCUGCAGAUGGCAUUGCACGGCGCCCUCUCGGCGAAGCGCUACGCAUGCUCACACUUACUGGCCUUGCGAUUUGAUGAGGACGAGGAUCACUCAUAUUGGGAGGACGUGCGGUCUGUAAUGGCGCUCCUCACGAGCACGUUUGAGGACGCGUCGGCAAGGCUGAUGGAGGCCCUUGACGAUGCAGAGAAGAAGCGAGUUAAGGACCAAAGGCCGAGUCCUGAACGUUCCGACGGCUCACCGGUGCGUCCAGCGCGGAGUAUGGCUGAGAUGAUCUCGUUUGCUCCCAUGCCGAGUCACCUUACGCGUUUUGCGGCACACGUCGACGCAAUUUCGUCCGCUCUGAGCGAUGCGAGGGAGCAUCUCGAGGAGUGUGUUGCCUCAUUGCGCAGUCAAAGAACACUAGGAGACGACACUUCUGGGGACAUAUUGUCCGUCCCCUCACCGCAGGGGCAUCCAGCGUUCCAAGCAUACGACCGUCUCAGAAAGGAGCUUGGCUAUGCCCUUCGCGAAUGCGAACGCGGGCGUGAGCGUUUGCUCGACAUCGUUUCCCCAAAGGUGGCUGGUAGAGAAGGCGCGGACGCCGAUCUUGACGAAGACGAUACACCUGGGCUCGGACAUGAUGACGGCAGCGACGCAUCUGAUAAAUUGGGCCCUACAUCUCCUGCGCUUCCCGGGCGAGCAAUUCCGGAAGAACAGGCCCGACUCGAAGCAGCACCCCGCCGCUACGACGACGAUUUCGAUGAUGCUACUGCGCACCUCCUGCUGACGGCGACGUCAAAGCACCUCCCACCGCCGGGUGUCGAGCAGGUAUUUGAAGCUGACACUGGAGGCGUGGCGCUGUUCACUCGUGAGCGGUCAACGCUAUCGCGAGAAGAGCGCAUCAAGCUUUCCAAGGCACGCAGAGAACAGAGUCAGUCCGGGUCGAUGUCGCUGUCCGAACCUUCACAGCGGCCACUCAACGCCAGCUGGGCACCUGGAGGAGAGGUGGUGCAGGAGCUGAAAGAUGUGAUCUGGAAGGUCAGUGAGCGGCGAAGAAAAAUGGCAGAGCUGUCUGAGUCCGAGCAACUUGGCAUGGCAGCUGAUACCCCACGGACGGAUGAUUCGCCUGGUCUUGACGUGCAUGUUGAGGAUUCAUGA